UGUUUACCCGCUUCCUUUUCCCCCAAAUAUUUUGAGGUUUUGUUUCCCUCCCGAAUCCGGCCGCCUCCAAUCUCCCACCUUUUCUUCUUCAACCUUUUCGUCUUCAGUUUCAUCUGCAAUCGACAUCACCAUUUUCGUCUUCAAUUUCAUCUGCAAUCGACAUCACCAUCACCGCUUUAGCAUCGCCACGGGUCGACCUUGAUGUCACCGCUAAACGAACCUCGCAGUGAGUUUUCGAUUUCUACUUCCUCAGUCGCAUAUCUCCUGCUCGAUUUCUUCUCUGCUGCUGCUCGAUUUCAUCUCCAAACAGGUUCAGGGAAAACUUUGGCAUACUUGUUACAGAUUUUUUCAUCAUCUUUUUCCUAUUUUGCCCCUUAUGUUGCUUUGGUGUUGAUGGUGCUGUCAAAACACAAUGACUUUCCUUUGGUUCCAUUAUUUAGUGAUCACCUGGAAAUACAGGUUGUUGCAACGAGAAAAGGCAAGGCGGUGGUUGUAAGCAUUGAUCCUUGUAGACAAUAUUUGACAAGUGAAGAUGAGGUUGGAUUCAAGGCUAUUAAACUAGAAAACCUGGGCCCAAAUGAGGAAGAGUAUGCCUUGUAUCAGUGCACUGAUGCACUGUAAGUGUUGUAAAUAGCAACGCAUUUUUCAGUUUGACGAAAUUUUUUAUUUUGUUGUAUAGAUGAUGUUUAUUGUAAUGUUUAUUUUUGGAAAAUGAUGUUUUUGUAAUGUGUUAAAC